AUUAUUUUUCCAGGUUCCGGUUUGUGUUCCAAGGAUGAAUUCAAAUGUGACGUCAUUAAAUGCAUUAACAAAACCUUGCAAUGUGAUGGGAAAGUAAACUGCAAUGACCACUCGGAUGAACUUCAUUGUGGUAAGCAACUCUAAUCCAUUUAACUCACAAAUCUCUUUAGUAAUUCUCCUUAACGGUUAGUCAUACAAUUCUUAUGAUAUUAGUUUGGAGAAUCUGGUAUUGGAUCAACUAAUGAUCCCCUAACUGAUAUUUUUCUUAAUUCUCAUCACUUGCCUACGUGAUAUUGAUUUGAGAUUGUGAGGAGAAAUUAUUUCUUGGUCACUCAUGGGAGUUAAAAAGUUAAUAAUUGAAAACUUAAAAGAUCUAAGUGAGGAAGUGGAAUUUUCCUUCUGAACUACUAUAAAAUUCCUUGAGAAAAUUAGGUGUUGUGUGACAUUUGCGGUGUCUUACUUGCAAGUUCCUUUUUUUCUCGUCACCUACGGGCUGGAUGGUGUAUUGAUAUUUUGAGAGAAGUUACAUUUUUCACACUUCUGCAAAUUAUUCCAUUAUCCGUUGUCUUAGCAGCAAUGUGGUUCGUUUCCUAGCUGUUAGUUCGAAUAUAUUUUCCUUCCAAUCACUCUCUCUAAGAGCUCGUUCAUUGGAAACCUUACUGUUUUUUUUAUAGUUCGUUUUCCAAUUUGUUCGUCCCUUCUGAAACAACAGUUGUAAGCCUUUUCCUAUGAACUGACUGAUCAUCAUAAUUUCCUUGUUCUUCAUCUCAUAUGUGAAAGAAACGAAGCAAAGUAACAGAACCACAAAAAUCGCUGUCGACAGCACGUUGUCACUCACCCAUCCCACUACUCUCACCACAGCCCCACCCACUCCUCCCGGAAGCUUUCAUAAAAGAACAAAGUUUAUACCACCUAAGAAAGUCAAGGAAAAUGGAUACAAACGGAAGAGAGUUAAUUUCGACAAUCAAUCGAAGAGAAAAAAGAAACGUCCAUCUCACCACACAAAAACUUUGCCUUGGUCAUCUCAACCCGAAGCUUCGACAGGGGCAUCGGACAAUAAAACACUCGAGGUGGAUUUUGAGACACUCGAUUCAGAUCUUGUCACGCAUUGCUCUGCUGAAGAAUGCGUGAGGUCGAAGGCUUGUUGGCGUGACGUUAAAGGGUCUCGCAAAUGUCAAUGUGAUGAGGUAGCAUGCGGGGGAGGUUGGGAACUAAGUGUGCAUGCUGGGAAUGAAGACAACAAGGAUAUAAAAGGUGGGUCACAUUAGAUCAUGCGAAAAUAGAAACUUCAUUUAAAACCUUCACACGGGGUACAUUGCGGGCCCAUAAUUUCCCAAUCAUGGCCUAAUAAUGGCCCGAUAAUGUUCAGAUCAUCCAUUAAAAGUCUUGAAAUGGAAGAGCAGUCAAAUGCUUAGAAUCCACUGUAGAAAACGCGACCAAGGUGUGAUCAGUGUUAGUUUGUAUAUGAUUGGUUGAGAAGCACGCGAGUUUUUUGUUUGUUUAUUUAUCUAUUUAUUUUUCACGAUAAUAGCUCGAGAGUACAGUGAGGAAACUUGACAUUUUUUUCCUUUGCAGAUGUGUUUGAAUGGAGCGUCAUUUCUAUCUCCUCUACAAGUCUUAUUGUGGCGAUUAUUGUCCUUAUCUUAAAAAGAAGGAGACUCGGUGGCCGUUACGUCAGGCCAUUACACGUACGCACAGUGGUAUAUUACCAUAACGAACCAUUCAAGAGUCCAUGCCAGAAUGUAAAUGCUGAAAACCGCCCCAUAAUAGAUAAGGCCGGGUGCCAUAGCAAUGUAGAUCAAGAUGAAGGAAACAUGUGCUAUAUUGAUAUCAGUGGCGAAAUAAAACGAGGGAAAUAA